GCAGUUUUUCAGGGACUAUCUGACGGAGCUUGCCGAGGCGGUACGCGACGAUGGCGUCGACGUGCGCAGCUACUUUGCGUGGACGUUUACGGAUAAUUGGGGUGAGUGCAUUCAAUCUCCUUGCCGCCAAAAUCGGGGGGAAGGCAAGAUAUAAAGUGGAAAUGUUGUGCUGACCUGAUGCCAGAAUGGGCGGCCGGCUUCACGGAUCGGUUCGGGGUCACGUUUGUCGACUUUGAGAGCGCGGAGAAGACACGGUAUCCGAAACGCUCGGCGUACUUUUUGCGCGACUAUUUCGGUCAUUUGAUCCGGGAGGCGCGGGACGAGGGAGUGGGGGAGGAGGAGGGUGAUAGGAAGGGAGACAUGAGUAUUGAAUGACCUUCGGAGCAAUUUUGGUUCAAACCUCAGGUACGUAGGGAAGCAAACCGUGAAAAAAGGGGAUGUAUGGCGUUCCAAAUCGUCUUUCUCGUCCUCUGCACACUGACACCGUCAUCGCGGCAAUAGACAUGUGAAAUCAAAACUCCAAAAGCCUGCCUUGCCUCA